AUGCAAAGCAGUUUGUUGAAGCGCAUCAGCGCGUUCAGGAGCAAGGAGGAGCUGCUCGAGUUUGUGGCGUGCUACCACAUGCUGCUGGACCCCAUAAACCUCGUGACCUGCCUGUACCGCCUGGCCAAGAUGUCGUUCAGCCAGCGCAGCCGCAGCGUGUACCUGCAGGAGCUCCAGCGCUCCGCGACGUUCCAGCUGCUGCUGAGAAGCAUCAGCUCUCAGUUCCUGCACGCGCAGCUGCUGCACAUGCAGCACCAGGCCGACCCCAAGGGCGUGGACGCGCGCUGCCUUGCCAACCUGGUGUGGGCGCUUGCGAAGCUGGACCUGUCGAGCGACGAGGCGGCGCUCUCCACUGAGAUCGCGCUCAACGUGGCGCCCUUCGUCCUGCGGUGCCUCGGCGGCUCCAGCCCGCAGGGCCUUGCCAACAUGCUGUGGAGCUACGCGAAGCUGCCAGUUGCGCCGCCGGACGUGGUCGCUGCACUGCUGUCGAAGAUCACCGCCGAGCUCGGCGCGUCGCUGCGCGCCGGCGGCGACGACGCGAAGCCCUUUGACGCGCAGGCGCUCAGCAACAGCGCGUGGGCGCUCGCGCACCUCAAGUCGCGCGGCGCCGAGCUGGAGAGCUACGGCGGCAUCGCGGUCGCGUUCCUCGAGGCGGUCGCGGCGGCCGCGAGCCGCAUGCUCGCGCACCUGCAGCCGCAGCUGCUCGCGCUGCCGCGGCCGCCCGGCGGCGGCGCUGGCGGCUGCGGCGGCGCGCCGGACGCCGCGCAGCUGCUCGCGGCGGCCGAGGCGGACUUCAGCUGCCAGGCGCUCGUGAACAUCUGCUGGGCGCUCGCGACCAUUGCCGGCCCCGCGUGCGGCGCGCACCCGCCGUUCCGGCAGCUCUUCUCUCUCUUCUCUGUUGUCAAUUCGGAGGCGGUCGGCCGCCUCCGCGCGACGGCCGCGCUGCUGCGCGCGCGGCGGCCGCUGCCAUACCAUGGGGCGGGCGGCUUCAACGAGCAGGCGCUAUCCAAUGCAGUGUACGCGUUUGACAAGGCCGGCCUGCUGCAGACUGAGCUUCUGACGGCCAUCUUCGAGGUCGCGACCCUGAGGCUCCAAAUCAACAGCGGCGCCGGCGCCGGCGCCGACGGCGGCGCGGCGCUGGGCUUCAAGCCGCAGGAGCUGUGCACGCUCCUGAAGGCUUGCCACACGGGCGUCGCGCCGCCGUGGGCGUUUCUGUCCGCGCUGCUCGACCUGCUGGCGGCGCGGCCAGCGGCGGUGGACGGAUGGGGGCUGGCGGAGAAAGCCGAGCUGCAGCGCGCGUACGUUCUGUACUCCCAGCAGCAGCAGCAGCAGCAUGCUGCUGCGGCGGCGGCGGCGUCCGCCGCCGCGCAGCGCGUUUUUGGAGGGGGCGCGGGCGAGGCGGCGCUGCUUGCGGGGCUGGGGCUGCUGGGCGCGCAGCAGCAGCAGGAGCAGCACACCGCCGCGGCAGCAGCGGCGGCGCAGCAGCAGCAGGCGCUGGCCGCAGCGGUCGCCGUGUUCGAGCGCCAGCAGGCACUGCAGCAGGCGCAGCAUCAGCAGCAGGUGGUGUCGGCUGUCGCGGGGGCGCAGCAGCUCGCUGCGGCGCAGCGACCAGGGCCGCACCAGCGGGCACCGGCGGGCGCGGGCGCCGCCGCGCGGCCGCCGCCGGCGCCCACGCCGGCGUUUGGUGCUGUGCACGCGUACGGCGGUACAAGCGCGCCGUUUGGCGGCCGCGGCGGCGCCGGCGCGCAGCCCGGGAUGCCGCUGUCUACUGCUCUGUUUGAGGCGCCCCUCCUUGGCGGCGCCCCGCCUGCCGCCGCGUCGCCUCCCUCCCCGUCGCCCCGCGCGACCGCGCCCUCGGGCCUCCCGCCCGCCGCCCCCGGCGUCGACCGGGCCAGCAACAAGCAGCAGCGCGCCCGCCUCGCGCACGCGCCGCAGCAGCAGCAGAUGCUGCUUUACGCGCAGACGCAGCAAUGGCUCGCGGACGAAGGGCUUGCUACAUCAACCGCCGGCUCGCUGGGCGGCGGGAGCGCGAGCAGCGGCGGCUGGGGCGGUGGCGCGGGCGAGGGCGGAGGCGGCGGGGCGGUGGACGGCGCGGCCCUGCGGCCGUGGCUACUGGAGGCGGCGGCGGCGAUGCCGCUCGGCGGCGCGCGGGCGUGA